AUGAAGCUUGUGGUGCGUGUGAUUGAGGCAAAAAACUUGGCAGUGCCGGAUUCCAAUGGGUUGAGUGAUUUGUACGUGCGGGUACAGUUGGGGAAACAAAAGUUCAAGACAAAAGCGGUGAAAAGUUUGAAUCCAAUGUGGGAUGAACAAUUUACAUUUUGGGUCGACGACCUUAAAGAUUCGCUUGUUGUCUCUGUGAUGGAUGAAGAUAAGUUCUUUAAUUAUGAUUAUGUGGGACGGCUUAAGGUGCCAGUCUUACUUGUUUUUGAAGAGGAAAUUAAAUCCCUUGGCACUGCUUGGUAUUCUUUGAAAACAAAAAACAAGAAGUGCAAGAACAAGCAAUGUGGUGAGAUUCAUUUGAGUAUAUGCAUUUCCCAAAAUAAUGGAUCUGGGGAGUCAAAUGACAUCGGUGAUCAGUUACUACCUCCAAGAAAAUGUCCUGAUGCAAUCAUCCAUUCUCCUUCUCUGUCUUCUGCCAGCUUUUCAAACUUGUCUUCUCCUGUAAGGGAAGAAACUACAUAUUCCAGCUCUAAGGAGGAGAAAACUUGUACACAACAAAAAUCAUUUGCUGGCCGAAUUGCUCAAAUUUUUAAUAAAGGCUCUGAUGUGGCUUCAAUGUCACCCAGCAGAAGUAUGGACUCUGACCAAUCUGAAACAUGCAAAGUUGAAGUUGGUGAGAUCAAGAUUGAGGAGGAUCAACCCCCUAAUGAAACUUUCGAAGAAACUAUGAAAAAAAUGCAGUCUGCAGAUCAAGGAAGUGAAAUUCCUAGCAAUUUAGCAGGAGGAGUUCUUAUUGAUCAAUUGUACAUAGUUGCACCAGGAGACUUGAAUAUAUUACUAUUUUCCCCCGAUUCUAAUUUUCCCAAGUCAUUGGCUGAUGUACAGGGUACUACAGAACUCCAAGUUGGUCCUUGGAAGUUUGAUAAUGGUGGGGAGACCCCAAAAAGAUCGCUUAGUUACCUCAAGGCUGCCACUAAAUUAAUCAAGUCUGUAAAAGGCUACGAGGACCAGACAUAUUUAACAGCUGAUGGGAAGAACUUCGCUGUUUUUUGCAGUGUCAGCACUCCAGAUGUUAUGUACGGCAGCACCUUUAGGAUAGAACUACUUUAUGUGAUCACACCUGGACCAGAGUUGCCAUCAGGAGAACAGUGUUCGCGUUUGGUGAUAUCUUGGCGGAUGAAUUUUGUACAGAGCACCAUGAUGAAAGGAAUGAUAGAAAGCGGAGCUCGGCAAGGUAUGAGGGAAAGCUUUGAUCAAUAUGCUAUUUUGUUAUGUCAGACUGUAAAGGCUGUUGUCUCAAAGGACCUUGGUUCUAGUAAGGAACAAGCUUUGGCAACAUUACGACCAGAGUCUCAGUCAGACUGGAAGCUGGCACUGCAGUAUUUAGCUAAUUUCAAAGUCUUCUUAACAUUCUUAAUAGUCUUGUCCGUGCUUGUGCAUAUUUGGCUGGCAUCCCCUAGCACAAUUCAGGGGCUUGAACUGUUUUGGCUUGACCUACCAGAUUCUAUUGGGGAAGUUGUCGUGUGUGUUGUCUUGGUACUUCAAGGUGAGAAAGUACUGGGUCUAAUCUCACGCUUCAUCCAAGCCAGAGCAAGAAAGGGUAGUGAUCAUGGAAUUAAAGCACAAGGAGAAGGAUGGAUGCUAACUGUGGCCAUAAUUGAAGGAAGCAAUUUAGCUACUGUUGAUUCUAAGGCGUUUUGUGAUCCAUAUGUGGUGUUUACUUGCAAUGGGAAAACAAGAACCAGCUCAAUCAAGUUCAAGAAAUCGGAUCCUUUAUGGAAUGAAAUAUUUGAAUUUGAUGCAAUGGAUGAUCCUCCUUCCGUGCUGGAUGUGGAUGUUUAUGAUUUUGAUGGACCCUUCGAUGAAGUUACAUCUCUAGGACAUGCUGAAAUCAAUUUCCUUAAAACAAACAUCUCAGAUCUUGCUGAUAUAUGGAUUUCCCUUGAAGGAAAGUUGGCUCAUGCAUGUCAGUCUAAGUUGCACUUGAAAAUUUUCUUGAACAACACUAGACGUGGGGAUGUUGUAAAACACUAUAUAAGUAAAAUGGAGAAAGAGGUUGGGAAGAAGAUUAAUUUGCGGUCACCUCAAACAAAUUCAGCCUUUCAGAAACUCUUUGGGCUUCCACCUGAGGAAUUUCUCAUCAAUGACUUCACCUGUCAUUUAAAAAGAAAAAUGCCCCUGCAGGGCCGCCUUUUUGUUUCAGCAAGAAUAAUUGGAUUUCAUGCAAAUUUGUUUGGACACAAGACAAAAUUCUUCUUGCUAUGGGAGGACAUUGAAGAGAUCCAGAUUAUUCCUCCUACAUUUUCAUCGAUGGGAAGCCCAAUAAUUGUCAUAACUCUUUGGCCAGGAAGAGGUGUGGAUGCAAGGCAUGGUGCAAAAACACAAGAUGAAGAUGGCAGACUGAAGUUCCGAUUCCAGUCCUUUGUGUCUUUCAAUGUUGCAAACAGUUUCUCCAAGCAACUCUCACUGCAGGAUGGUGAAAUGGCACUCAAAAUUGCUUAA